AUGACGAUGAAGAUGACGGAGUCAAAAACUAAUCUUAGAUCUCCAUUUCUACAAUGUCAAAACCUAUCUUCUCCUUUCCAACCAAAAUUUCCGUCUUUCCACUGUCUCUCUGGUAAACUGACGGAACUCAAGAGUAAGAUUGGUCCACCAACUGAGAAAACUGUGCUGAGGACUCCGUCUGCCGCAUCUACAAGAGCAAAACUGGCUGCUACUGAAAAUCAAGCACCAACUUCAACAAGUAAACCUUCUCCAUUUGCUCCAGCUAUUGCUCCGUUACGUGAUGGCGUUCAACCACCGACGCCGAGUGCUGCACCACCCAGGCCGCCACCAGUAAAACAGAAUUCUGUACAGAAGCCUCCAGAGCCGAAACGAUUUGUUGGUGCCCCGCCGAAAACUUUGCCGUCAGAGGGUGUACAUAAACUUGAUGGCAUAGAAUUUUUGGCAAAGGAGUCAGAUGAUGGUCAACUGCCGACAACGUCUUCUGGUUGUCCAAAAGCUCUCCAAAGAGCGUAUGGCUCAAAAUCUGGUACCACGAUAUGUGCAAUUAGUAGUCCGAAUGUUCCGUCCACCAGCAAUGCGGUUCCUCCACCACAGGAAGAGGCUAAUAGAGAAGAAAUUGUCACUUCGAAAGAAGAAACUGGCUGGAGAAGGUAUUCCAGGAGGAUCAAUCUACCACGUUUAGGGCAAGAAGUAAAUCAGCUUUAA